GCAGCAGAAACAAUUUUUGUUUUGGUCCUCCUCCUAGCUGAGGCUACUAGUCAGGUGCUCUCGUUCCACUGCCAUAUUUUCACUGACGGCUGAAGGAAAUGAAGAAGCUUUUCGAUGACAUUAAAAAGGACAUUAAAUUUAAAUCCGCCGGACCUGGAAAGAAGCUAACAGAAGACACCAGUACCAAGCCGCAGGUGUUGCAGAGCAGCUCCGGUACCAAGAAUAACCGCCAUGCACCCAGUGAAGGAGCCCAGAGGGCUGGAGCCGCAGCUCUGGCCAGAAUUGAACAGCGGUCGAAGCCGAAGGUCCAUACCUCUCAGGACGCCAUCAGGAACCAAGUUAGAAGAGAACUGGAGGCAGAGGCGGCUGUGCUGGCUGAAAAGGAUAAGGCAGCUGCAGCAGAGGGAUCCAAAGUGUCAGUGAAAGAUCCCAGCUGUCUUUCAGUGUCAGGUGUGUAUUUCACCUGUCCGCUGACUGGAGCCACAUUAACCAAGAGUGAGAGGGAAGUACACAUUAAAGAAGCUAUUUUAAUGCGGUUUGAAGAGGAUGCAGUUGAGGCUUCAGUUAUGAUGAUCCACACAUUUAACAAAGACAGAGAGAAAGUGAAGGCUGCUGUGGACAUCAUAAGCAAGUAUGUGGAAAAUAUAUGUAAGUGUCCCACAGAGGAGAAAUACAGGAAGAUUAAACUCAGCAACAAGGUGUUCCAGGAAAAAGUACGUUCUGUGGAGGGAAGUAGAGAGUUCCUGCAGGCCCUGGGCUUCACAAGCAUUAUGCUUCCUGUCGAGGGUCAAGAGGUGGAAGAGGAGUUCCUGGUGUUACCAGAGCAGAGUUCUGAUGCCCUGGAGUUGAUGAAGGAGAGGAGCGAUCGUCUUCAGAGAGGAGAACCAGUCAGAGCCCAGCUGGACAGACAGCCUCAAGCUUUCAGGCCCUCUCCCAACGCCCAACGCUUUGAGCUGCCGCCAGAAUUCUACAACCUGACGGCAGAGGAGCUCAAGAGGGAGCAACAGCAGAGGAGUGAUUUGGUGGAGAAGCAAGCCAUGCUGCGCACAAAAGCCAUGAGGGAGAAAGAGGUGCAGAGGGAGAGAAGGAAAUACAACUACACCCUGCUCAGGAUCAGACUGCCCGAUGGAAACCUGCUACAAGGCACCUUUUAUGCAUGGGACCGGCUGCCUGUGUUGUUUGGGUUUGUACGGGAGUCCCUGGUGGACGGCUGGCAGCCCUUUGAGCUCAUUGCUCCUGGAGGUCAAAAACUACAAGAGUCUGAGGAAGUCGCUCUCGCAGAGUGUAACUUGGUCCCUGCAGCUCUGCUCACCUUUGCCUGGGAUGCAGCUGUGCAGGCAGAUAUUGCAGCUGCUGGUGGAAAGAGCCCCACGCUUCUCAAACCGGAGCUGUUGGGAACCAUUCAGACCCUGAACUGAGCAGACCUACUCUGUCCCUGAACUCUCCGUGCUACCUUCCUGCCUGGCACUGCAGGGCUGAAAUUGCUCCUUGCAAACAACUAGUGAUGAGUGUGUUAUUACAAAUGCUAACGUAAAUCAGUGGCAGUGAUAAACUGCCACCGUUUAUCACUGGGGAGAACGUUCCCAGUGACGUUAUCCCCAGGAUAACGUCGGCCUGCAGGCUGUCUCAGCAACACAUUCUGUUGAAAGAAGUACUACUAACAGUUUUAAGGAGAAAGCAAGGGACGUGUUGUUUUAUGAUGCAUCCUGAAUGUACAUGCUGUGUAGUAAACACUCUGUGACAGCUGUGCUCUGUGCUCUACCCCACAAUCGACCAGUCAGGUAAACUUCACAUGGCAUGUUGAGAGACCUUGUUUUAACUGUGUCACCUCUUCCUCCUGUGUGGGGUUUUUUUUUUUAAGUAAACAGUCCAUCUGGCUUAUACUACUAUUGCAUUAAGAAAAGUAGAGCAUACGCCUGUGACUGCACAGUAACAUAGAAGAAAAUCAAGAAUAAUGAAGGCAAGUAAAGCUGGUUGUACCAUUACUCAGUCAUAUUUACUAUCUCGGCACCAUCAGUAGCUCUUUUGACUUUAGAAGCUGCUAGGUGUCAUUGCGCUGGCUUUACUGAAGACUUGAAAUGCUUUUAGUUUGGCAGUGUUGAAGGUUGACUCAGUGUUUUGUCUGUCAACUGAUGAUUGACUGGUCUGAUUUGAUGUGACAUGAGUGUCUCCCCGUUACUAUAAACAUACAUAAGCUUCUGUGUCCCGUUCUGUUGUUGUCCCCUGCUCUGCAGUGGCCUUGAACUCCUUAGUGUUGUACAACAGGCUUUUGUGGUUGCUUCUAUAAUUAAAACUUCAAAUAUAACAAGUUUUAUAUGUAUGAGCACAAGCCCAGAGGUUUUCUGGAUAGUUUGACUUAAGCUACAGAUAAGACCCCAAUGUACAGUUUUAUUAGAGUGUUAGCCAUGUGCUGUCAGUUCUAAUACCAAAAUAUUUUCUUAUAUUUAACCAGUUUUAAGUACUGAUUAUAUACUUUCAUUAUAACUUUAUAACAUACUGUCUGUACAGCACCCCAACAAUUCAAGAGAUAAAUGGUUUAACUGUAGAGGCGCACUGCAGAAACUUCAUGUAAACAGCUUGCUAAGGAAUGCAUGCAGUCAUGAGUUACAAUUCUGUUAAAACUGGCAGCAUGGAAUCCCGUUGUCCUAAUAGUGGUGGUUUUAAAUAAAUCUUGAGACUUCUAUUUGUUUGUAUCAAACACGUUUCCUUUGAUAAAAUGGGCGUUUACUUCACAGUGGUAGUCAUAACCCCUUCCAUUUCACUGAAUCUGAUGACAGAUCAAAGAAGAAAAACUGACUAAAGUUUGAGAUUUACCCCG